AGAAGCAUUUGUGGACAACUCAGCACCCACGGGUUAGGAUCCGCUGUUCAAUAAGCAGCUGAUGGCAGCCAGCAUGCGUCACUUGUGCAAGAGGACGGACCUGCUCGCUGCUGUCUUCUAAUCUUCUCCUUAUUUCAACCCUCCCUUGGGCGAUCGCCCACCUGAAGAUUAGUAUUGGUUUGCCUCGAACUUCAAGACCAUAAAUUGGAUGCAGGCAAACUCAUCGCUUCCAGCCUAUCUUCCCAGAAUCUUGUCGCGCUCCCACUUUCUUCUUUCGCUUUCUUUUCCUGCACGCCGGGAAAUCCCACGUUUCUUGGCGGUGAUUGUACCCGGCAAACGUUCUCCCCCAACCGGCUGCGCCGAUAAGCGUUGCCCUUACUGGCUAGGAUCCAAAAACAAGAAUCGCGUCUCCAACGUUUAUAUUUUAGCUCGGACCCUGCAUUUUGGGUUGUGCCAGGGAAUAUCAUGGCGGCUGGACCAAGUUUACGGAUUGUCGUGGACGGCGACAGUAGCAGAGUCUAUCGUCGUGGAGAGAGAGUCACGGGAAGAGUUAUACUUGGGAUCGAAGAGCAAGAUGAAAUCAGGUCCCUGAGGGUCUGCUUUGCCGGUACUUGCACUACGAAGACGACACGACCGUUCUAUGUGACCGGUAACGACGCCGACGCGACCCAAUCGAGACGAGCAUUCGAAGAGAGGAUCUGUCUUUUCAACUUCAGACGGGACUUGCUACCGAGAUGCACUCUGGCGCCGAAGAAAUACACCUGGACUUUCGCAUUCAGAUUUCCAGAACUGACGGAGCCAAAAUACUCGCGCUGGACACAUGGAUCGAAAUACUCGAGAGGCCCCCACCCACUUCCACCGUCCUUCCAUCAGCGCACCAAUAGUCCUGACGGCCAGGCGAAAGUGUCGUAUCAUCUCCAGGCCAAGCUCGUCCGAGGCGGACCGAAAGCUACGGCGAAGACAUAUCACCCACUCGUAUACCAGCCUGCGCCGCGAGAUAUUCCUCAGGAGCCUAGAAUUACAUCGAGUGUACUGUAUGCUCAGACAUGGAAACCCUUAAGCGAAAAUCGAACAGCUGUUGAUAAAGCCUUGGUGAAGAUCUCCCGGCGAACCUCAGCAGGCGACCGUAAUCCGCGAAUUAUUCCCACAAUUCAUUAUCCACAGAAGAUAGCUCCAGGACAACACAUUCCGCUUCUGCUGUCGCUCACCAAUGUUCACAGAGCAGUCAACCACGGGGAGGCGUGCGAGCCGGAGUGCAUAUUAGACUCGCUGACAGUUUCGAUCUCCACAUGCACAACAUCAAUGUGCGGCCAACCUAUGUCGCAACCCGAGGAUGUCGUGCUCAAGCAUGUCACUUGCCUUUCGAAGACCGACCUAAAUGAGACGCUUCCCUUUGGUACCGCAACGAAGCUCACAAAUAACUUUCGAUUGGUCGAUAACGCGGAGUGCGUACCGUCCUUCAGAACAUACACCAUCAUUCGAAGAUACGACCUCACAGUUACUGUUGGUAUCAAAUAUGGAGACCGGAGCUUUACAAUUCGAUCGACCAUGCCGCUCGAGAUCCUUCCUCGGACGCUGGGGGAGACGUCGCCCGCCCUUCACAAUGACGCUGAGGCGGACAUCGAGCCACUACCGCUGUACGCACCUCGGGAGCCAUCGAAGGAGUUUGCCCCUUCGUACGAAGCACUGUAUUCCUUGUCACGCACGCAUUCCAGCUCCGGUUCCUUGGCCUAUACGGAAAGUAGAAGCUUGAGCGUCGCUUCGGGAAUUUCAACGCCUGCUCUAGGUGCCUGCGCACCUGCUCCAGAUCUCGAGCAGGCAGACUUUGGAGAAUUACCCAUGAGGAGCCGGUGCUAACGGACUAAGGGGGCUGUUCUUGGUUGCUCGAGCCCAUGACCAGUUUCGUUGCGACAUCAAAUGCACUGGCUUCGACCAUGUCCGAGAGGCAGUCCAACGUAUCACGGCCACCGCAUUGGUGGAUUUUGCAGCUUACGUGAACCGACUCGCAUGGGCUGACAACGAGAGUAAUUGGGAGAAGCUAUUCCAUUGCAUUGGAGCGCAAUCUCCAGCAAGCAUGCCUCGAGGAAGAUACAGUCGCUUCGGCGGACGUACAUUCGACGCUGUACUACCGGCCCGAUUCGACUAAAGACCGCUCGCUUGUUCCUCGUUAUCGUUAUCACAGCC